GACAGAUUGACCUUCAAGUGCUCAGUAACCUUCAUAAAUGGGCGAAGCUACUGGAUGGUUGCAGUUUGACAAUGUCUCAGACUGAUGCUGUUUUUCCGUCACUUGCUUUUCCUGAAUCUGAAAUCUUAAACAAUAUGAUUUUAGUUGGAGAUGCUCACUUUCUUACUAGGCUUCAUAACUUUGAGAUUUUAUCUUCUGAAUCAGUAAACAUCACCCCAUCCACAUCUAAUUAUUUACAAAACGAAUUCAAAGACUUGUCCCUCAAGUUUGACCAUUUGUAUGCUUCUACACAUAAAAACCUUAAAAUUCUCCAGGAACUCGACUCAGAACUGCAUUCAUUAGACAGAAUCUUGACUGUGGACAAAAGCUUGGAGUCUUUCACUCCACUCAUAGAUAUUAAAAAAGGGACGAAUAUCCGCACUAUAAAGUAUCAAACAGACUUAAUGAUGACUUUAAAAGAAAAAGAUCUAAAUUUUCUUAAUUUGGCUACUGGACAAGAUAAAUUCAUACAUGACGAACUGGUUAAAGAUAUAAAAACAUUACGUACACGCAUAAAAUCAGUAAAAAACACACCUAAAAGAAAGCAAACAAUGUAUUGUCAAGAAUGGUAUGCUCAAAAACUUGGAAGAAUAGUUCUAAAUUCAUCCUGUGUUAUAUUGAGGUUUAAUACUAACGAAAAUCAACUGGCAAAGAGUCUAGUUGAAAAACCUUUACUUCGCGGUCUUUUAAAACAUGGAGAUUUUGGAACUAUUGCACUGACUAAUACCAGAGUUAUUGGCUGUUACAAUGGCAUAAUAAAUUUGUGUGAACGUCUCGCACUAACCCUCACUCCAAGUACUAUCGUAGCAUGCAUCCAGCAACAUCUGCGUGUAGACUUUACCUUGAGAGAGGACAUAAAGCGACUGAGUUCAAUGUAUCCACUCGACUGGGAUCCAGCUGCACGCAAUCUUCAUUUACUAGCAGGUCAAGGGGCUAUGGCGACAGCGACUAUACAUAUAGCUCCGAACGGUUCAAUCAGUCUUGUGAAAAUUAGGAAGUCAUCUAAUCCAGAUAAUCCCAAUCCACAUUUGACAGAACCAUGUAAUUUUGUUCCACCGGUUUCGCGGUCUCUAGACGAGUGGUUGAUGGAAAUUAAUGACUUUUGUAACUCAGUUAUCCCAACAAGCUAACUGAAUAAUUUCAAUCUACUUAUGCAAUUCCAUCUCAAUUGGUAACUGUUUUACACAUAUUUUUCUCACCCAACAGUAUCUAUUUUUUUAACUGUGAGAUUGUUUGUUAUUUUUAAUGUAUAUACCUGGUGCCACAAAUUCAUAAUUGACUUUUCAUGUAAAUAUGCUUUUCUGCACAUGUUUGCAGCCAAACUAUAGUCUCUUGUGUAUGGAUACGGAACAUCCAACGAGGAAUUGAUGUUUACCAUAUACUUUAGUAUGUGUGUCGACUGUAGUUCUGAGGCAGCUAAAAGUUAAUUGCUGAUUCGAAUGACGUUCCAUCCAAUUUAGAUAUCUGGUGUAAUAGUUGUAUGCAAUAACAGAUUUGACUCAGACAAAUUCAUUUUCUUACCGAAAUCCACUUUAUUUUGGACUACUUUGCGUGAUUUCUGAUAGUGAUUGGAUUCUGCGGAAGUUCACUGUGAUGUUAUGAACUUGCUUUAAUUCAUAGGAAAAGGAUCACCAUUUGAUAAGCAGUAAAAAUCUCGCUCCUGUAUAAAAUCUGGAGAUUGGUAACUCUGGGUCAUGAGAACUCGAUGAUAAAUAGUUUUAGACCACAUUGUUACUACUCGUCUUUAAAAUAUUUUUUGGUGGUCAAGCUAUCCAGCUCAAAGAAUAAAACUUCAGUAAAAUCACUCACCUGAGCCACAAAUCUUCAUCUCAACGUCCAUGUAGCUCGGAACACUACAAGUUGUCUCGCUAUUUUUUGUAAGGCAUUAUUGGUUGGCUAGGUUCUUUUAAAUCAUGAAGUCUGAUGAGUCACCCUAAACAUUCUUAGGCUAAAUUCCAGCAAAAUUAGUAAUCACUUUAGUACGCCUGAAAAAUUUUGAAGUUUCAAAUCCUUAC